CUCUUUAAACCCGCGCUUUUGAAUGGCUGGCUCUUUCGCGGCCCGUGACCCGGAAGCUCUCUGGGCAACAUGGCGGCGCCCAGCGGCCAGAUGUAACCGGCUCAGAGUCGGCGGCCGCCCGCGUUAGUAGAUGAGACAGCCGAGGCUCAGAGAGGUUAAGGCUGUCUCCAGCGGGCACGCCGCAGGAGGGCAGCUAGGCCGGAAUUCGAACCCGCGUCUGCCGGCUUCUCCCAGCGACCCCAGAAUCCUGGCAGCCAGCCUCAGAGCUGCUGUAGGUACACCCCGCGCGGGGUUCGGAUUUCCAGGUGGUUGUCCAGGAAGCAGAGGCCUGAGCUGGGCCCACGCCAUCAUGCUAGCUCGGGGCCUCUCUCGGGGCUGGAGAGGCAUCUGUGCUGCUGCCCUCACAGGAGCCCCCUUCUCUCAGGUUCCCUCCCAGGCCCCUCGAGGCCUCCACUGCAGCGUAGCCGCCCCCAGCUCUGGCUCAUCUCUGGUCCCGAGGCCACCUGAGCCCCCGAGGCAGCUGGCCAAGCCCCCGGCCCCCCACGAAGAGCUGUUUAGGCUGGCGCCAGGCGGGGCCCGGGACAGAGCCAGCUUUGUGCAGGCUGUGCAGAACUUCGGGCAGCACAAUGUGCACAAGCGGGGCCACGUCGACUUCAUCUACCUGGCCCUGCGCAAGAUGCGGGACUACGGUGUGGAGAGGGACCUGGCCGUCUACAACCUGCUGCUCGACGUCUUCCCCAAGGAGGUCUUCCUGCCUCGCAACGUCUUCCAGAAGAUCUUCAUCCACUACCCGCGGCAGCAGGAGUGCGGGCUUGCCGUCCUGGAGCAGAUGGAGAGCCACGGGGUGAUGCCCAACAAGGAGACCGAGUUCCUGCUGCUUCAGAUAUUUGGGCGCAAAAGUUACCCCAUGCUCAAGUUCGUACGCAUGAAGCUGUGGUUCACCCGCUUCAAGAACGUCAACCCCUUCCCUGUGCCCCGGGACCUGCCCACGGACCCUGUGGACCUGGCCACGCUGGGCCUGCGGCGCAUAGAGCCCGACCUCAGUGCCAAGGUCACCAUCUACCAGAUGGCUUCAUCCAGAGACUCCACGGGUACAGCAGAUCCCACUGAGCAGCAUAUUGUAGGUAUCCAGAGUCCCGGUCAACAGGCCGCCCUGGCCCGCCACAGCCCAGCCCGGCCUGUCUUCGUCGAGGGCCCCUUCUCCCUGUGGCUUCGCGACAAAUGUGUCUACUACCACAUCCUCAGAGCAGACUUGGAGCCCCCUGAGGAGAGGGAAGUGGAGGAGAUUCCAGAGGAAUGGAACCUCUACUACCCCAUGCAGCUGGACUUGAAGUAUGGUAGAAGCGCCUGGGAUGACUAUGAGUUUGACAUUGAUGAAGUGGAAGAAGGCCCUGUCUUCGCCAUAUGUAUGGCAGGUGCCCAUGACCAGGCUACACUGGCCAAGUGGAUCCAGGGCCUGCAGGAGACCAACCCAGCCCUGGCCCAGAUCCCCGUGAUCUUCCGCCUGACAGCGUCCACUGGGGAGCUCCUGGCAUCCUCCUCAGGACUGGAGGAGCCCUGCCCGCCACCUGCCCAAGAGGAGGAAGAAGAGGAAGACAAAACGCAGCGACAGCAGCAGGGCCAGAGCUGAGGCCUGAGCAGGCACAGGGACCUGGACUGGUGUGGAAGCAUGAGAUGAUCUUUGUACAGCAAAUAAAAGUUUCCUGGUU